AUGGUGGCACUAAUAGAAGCAUCAACAUGGGCAAGAUUUUCAUCUUUUAUACAAGCAGAAAGCGCAACAGAGCAACAAGGUUUAACUACAUCUAAGGAUGAUAUUGAGACUUCAAUAUUAGUCUUUAAGCCUUUCUGGAAAACGUGGAAAUGGUUGGAGAAAGAAGAUGAAGAUACCCAUAUUUUGGAUCCUCUUUUGAAAAUUAGUUCGCAUAGAAGCAAUGGUGAUGACAAACAAGGAUCAAGGGUCGAUGGAGAGAGUGUAACUCUUUAUGCAAAUGCCAAUCUUAUUAGUAUUUUUACUUUCACUUGGAUGGGCCCUUUGCUUGCACUUGGGUAUAAAAAAACAUUGGACUUUGAAGAUGUUCCGCAGCUUGCCAAUUGUGAUAGCGCCAACAUGGUCUUUGCUCAUUUUAACGAUAAACUUGAAUCUGAUGGUAAUAACAAUGGUAAUGGUCGUCAAAUAAGUAACCUCAAGUUGGUGAAGGCAUUGAUACUUUCAACGUGGAAAGAAAUUCUAUGGACAGCUAUAUUCUCCAUUGUAUGCAUAUUGGCUUCUUAUGUUGGACCAUAUCUUAUUUAUGCAUUUGUUCAAUAUCUCAGUAGCCCUCACCAAAUAAAAUAUAAAGGCUAUGUGUUAGUAUUUAUUUUCUUUCUUUCAAAGCUCAUAAGGUGCAUCUCAGAGAGACUUUUGUUCUUUCAAUUACGAAAGAUGGGAAUUAAGAUUCGUGCUAUAUUGUUCUCAUUAAUCUAUAAAAAGGGUCUCAGACUUUCAAGCCAAUCAAAGCAGGGACACACUAGUGGGGAGAAUAUUAAUUUGAUGAGUGUUGAUGUUGCAAGGAUUGGUCUUUUCAGCUGGUACUUGCACAAUAUAUGGAAAGUUCCUGUUCAGAUUAUUCUAGCAUUAUUGAUCUUGUACGAGAGACUUGGGCUAGCUUCACUUGUAGCUUUUGUUGCUACAAUUAUUUUGAUGUUGGCAAAUGUUCCACUUGGAAAACUACAAGAGAAAUUUCAGAAAGAACUUAUGGAUUCAAAGGAUCAACGAAUGAAUGUGACAUCUGAGGCUCUGAGGAAUAUGAGGAUUCUCAAGCUCCAGUGCUGGGAGAUGAAGUUCUUGGCUAAGAUAACUGAGCUCAGGAACUUUGAAACAAUGUGGAUAAAAAAGUUACUUUAUUCAGCGGCUAUGAUUGCCUUUGUCUACUUAACUACGCCCAUGUUUGUAUCUAUGGUUACUUUUGGAUUCUGUAUGCUCAUGGGAAUUCCGCUAGAAUCAGGAAAGAUUAUAUCUGCAAUUGCAAUAUUUGAGAUAUUACGAGGACCCAUUUAUAAUCUCCCAGACACAAUCUCCAUGGUAGUUCAAACUAAAGUUUCCAUUGAUAGGAUAACCUCAUUCCUCUGCCUCAAUGAUUUUCAUUCAUAUAUAGUACAGAAGCCUCCAAAAAAUGGUGUUGAGAUUGCAGUUGAGAUAAUCAAGGGGAAUUUCGCUUGGGACCUUCAUUCCCCUAAUCUCACAUUGAAAGAUCUUAAUUUUCGAGUGUACCGUGGUAUGAAAGUUGCUAUUUGUGGUUUUGUUGGAUCAGGUAAGUCAAGCCUACUUUCAUGCAUAUUGGGGGAAGUGCCGAAGGUAUCUGGAACUAUUAUGUUGAAUGGGACGAAGGCCUAUAUUGCACAAUCUCCUUGGAUACAAAGUGGCAAGAUAGUAGACAAUAUAUUAUUUGGUAAGGAGAUGGACAGGGAAAGGUAUGAGAUUAUCCUUGAAGCAUGUUCAUUGAAAGAGGACCUAGAAUUGUGUGCCUUUGGGGACCAAACUAUUAUAGGGGAGAGGGGCAUCAACUUAAGUGGUGGGCAAAAGCAAAGGAUUCAGCUUGCACGUGCAUUGUACCAUGAUGCUGAUAUUUAUAUGCUUGAUGAUCCUUUUAGUGCUGUGGAUGCUUACACAGGAGCUCAUCUAUUUAAGGAGUGUCUGCUGAGAAUUUUGGGAUCAAAAACACUAAUUUAUGUUACCCACCAAGUAGAGUUUUUACAAGAUGCUGAUCUUAUCCUGGUUAUGAGAGAUGGAAAAAUUACUCAAGCAGGAAAAUAUAAAGAAAUUCUUAAUUCAGGAACUGACUUUAUGGAAUUAGUGGGCACACAUAAAAAAGCUUUAGCAGACUUUUCUACCCAACAUGAGGAAAAUUUGGAUAAUUUAAUAAUUGGAGAGGAAGAAGGGAACAUUCUGUGUGGUGAGAAUUCUAUUCAAGAUGAUGAAGAAAAGGAACCCAAGAGAUACAAAACAGAAAAAUUGGCUAGGACAGAAGGGCAGCUUGUUCAAGAAGAAAAGAGACAAAAUGGUAGAAUUCUCCAAAUAGCUAGUAGUUACUGGAUGGUUUUGGCUACUUCCACUUCAGAUGAUGUGAGACCACACUUUAGGCAAUCCACUAUCAUCUUUGUAUAUGUCGCUUUAUUCUUUGGCAGCUCUUUUUGUGUACUUUUAAGGUCCAUGCUCAUUGUGACUGCUGGAUGCAAGACAGCGACUCUUCUUUUCAACAAAAUGCAUUUAUGUAUUUUCCGUGCUCCCCUAUCAUUUUUUGAUUCUACUCCGAGUGGAAGGGUUCUAAAUCGGGCAUCUGUAGAUCAAGGUGCAGUUGAUACCACUAUUCCACAUCAAAUUGAAGAAUUUCUUGUCUCAAUCAUAGAAUUUUUGGGGACUGCUGCAGUAAUGUCACAGGUUGCAUGGCAAAUGUUAAUAGUUUUUAUCCCGAUGAGUAUAACAUGCAUCUGGUACCAGGUAUGGCUGGAGUUAACUCCAUCUCUGUAA